AUGUCCAGCGGUGAGAUCGACCACCACGACACGAAGGACCGAGCUUCUUGCGUUGUUAUCGCCGUCACCCACACCGACGCCUACGAUGAGUCCAGCCACCAGCACGAGUCGUCAACUUCAGCCAACGUGGGCUACGUCAACCUCGCGUCGCCACAGGACUUCCACGCGAGCAAUACAAGACGCCGAGCGUCGUUCCGUGAUGCAGGAGACAGUACUCACUCACUUGAGUUACUCAGUACUUAUAGCACGGCCAGUGCGACGCCAGCUCAAGCUCGUCUUGCAGCCCGGAAAGCGCUUCGAUCUGCUCUGGAGACGCUGGAGACGCCACUCGCGUUUUUUAUCGACUGCCGCGUUAGUGCAGAAGAUGCGAGCUCCGAGCCAGCCCCUCCUGUCACGCUGGUGCUCAAGAUAUUUAUUGAAGACGACGCGGAUCUAGCGGGACGUGAGAGCUACGCGCUUUCGUGUUUGCAGCACGACGAGAUGUCGAGGGCUUUCGCUCCUCGGCUCUACGAUACGUCUCUGGAAUAUGAGCUUGUGCUGGGGAACGACAGUGAAGCGAUGAAGUUGAACUGCUGCGUUCUGGUGCUGGAGACUCCGAGCUGCACGACGCUGCGCGCCCACAUGGCUGCGUCUCGCGAGCCGCUAGUGCAGCAGAUUUCCCGUGUAGUGGCAGCUCUACGCGCUCUCCACGCUCGAGGUCUUGUCCAUGGAGCUCUACACGCCAACAGCCUCGUAGCGUGCUCGCCCGACGCUCGACUGAAGUUCUGGGGCCUCGAACACGCAUCCAGAGCUGGUCACAAGGUUCCGUGCCCCGAUCCGGACCUGCUCGAAACGUGGCAAUCGGAGUGCGUCGCCCCUGAAUUGGCUGCUCUCGCGUUAGAGGACAAGCACAGCUCACGCGCUGCCGCCUCGCUGGACGUCUGGAGUCUUGGAGUGAUGAUCCUCAAGAUGCACGUCCCCGGUCGGCAGUUGGAAGAGUUCCAGGGCUGUUCAGCACCUCACGAUGUAUUUGACCGUCUCGCCACCUCCGACCUCGAUAGUGAGCUGAGCAACACGUGCUACUUCCAGCGAUCCAUCGCCAAGUUCGUGCCGAGUGUUGACAUGAAGGACCUAUUGAGGCAGUGUCUUCAGCGCAAUCCCAUGUCGCGGCCGUCAGUUGACUCGAUCUCCAAGCACAAGAUCUUCCAGACCAAGGAGCGCGAGGUUUCACGGACCACGACAGUCAAGAGCGCGGUCGUGUCUCGAAUGCUCUCGGCUAUUAUCGAGGAGAAAGGCUCACAACGUCCGUCUGAGCCGGAGCCUUUGCCGCCCAGUUUGUGGCUGUUCCUGCCCCCCGUGGAGCUGGAGGUUGACCUGACGUACCGUGCCAGCUUUUACUCAGUGGAUCAGUGGGUUUCCAAGCUCAAGCGCCUACAACAACAAAGAGGAGAGGAGCUGCGGUUCCCGCUUGUCUUCAUGUGCGAGUCCUGCGAGGCCAACGCGGCGGUUCCGUGCAGUAUCACUACCUCCAACAAGUGUGGCGCGACGGUGACGACGUCCUUGCUGUCUCUGGUCAUGCCGCUGGUCCGAGAGACCAUGCUGUUCCUCGAAGCGCGCGCCAUCUUGUCCAACGGUCUCAGCGUGGGCGAGACCAGCGGACUGUUAGGACCCCAGCAAUGGGAAGAGCUGCGCACGUUCUACCAAGCGCUUGAACGCAUGGAGCUGGCCACGUUGAACCCGGUCAAUGAGGUGGAACUUGGCCCGAUGGAGCAGCAACUGAAGGCUCGAGACCCGGAGAAGGCUCAGCAGGUGCUGGACGUACUCACCGCGCUCAUUUUCUGCGAGGAGAAGCGCGAGUACGUGCGAAAUCUGCUGGACGCCUUGGUUGGUGAUGAGAAUCUGACAGCGUCUCGAGUGGAACGGAGUAGCUGGGCAGCAUUGCGGCGCUGUGAUCGAGUGCUGGAAAGCUCGACGAUUUCAGGUCGUACGCGGUGGCUAUGCAGUCACCACGCGCCGCAAGAGAGCUGA